UUCCCAUUUUUUCUUACUUUUCCCACGGAUUCCAGUUGCUCCCGCUGGAUCCGAGAGCGUUUCCCGGGACGAGGAAACCGGGAAGAGCGAGCGGAUGAGCGAGGACAUCCGGAUCCAUUCCUGGCCUUGCUCCUAUUAUUUGGACAGCAACAAACAAUGGAUUCCCGGGAAGCUCUCCCUGACUCCCGUUUCCAUCCGAUUCACGGCUGACAAAAGCGGGGAGCUCCUGGCGGAUUUCCGACUUUCCGGGAUCAGCGAGAUCAAGAAGGAAUUUUCCCAUUUCGUCUUCAGCUCCUUGACGAUCCUGGAGAAGAGCAGCAAGCACUGGUUCAGUUCCCUGCAUCCCAACAGGAAUGUGGUUUUUAAUAUCCUGGAGCAUUUCUGGAGGGAGCAGCUGCUCUCCGAGGCCGGUGCGGGAGCGGCGUUGGAAUACGGAAAGGGGAAGGAAUUAACGGGAAUGUUGGAGGGAUCCCAGAAACGCCUGCAGGACACAGCCCAGGUGCUGCAUUCCCAAGGGGAACAGUUCGAUUCCAUCAUGAGGGGACUCCACAAAAUCGAGGGGGACAUGGAUGUGGCCGACAGGCUGUUGACAGAGCUGGAAUCUCCUUCCUGGUGGCCCUUCAGCAUCAAACUCUGGAAAAACCCUUUGGAAGCGAAACCGAAGGAAAACCCCGCUCCUCCCGAUCCCAAAAUCCAGGAAGGAAUCCUGCUGAGAAUUCCCGUCAUCAUCACCCACGGGCCAGAUUCCAACGCCAAACCAGGAAAACUCACCGUGCUUUCAUCCGGCUUGGAAAUCAGGGAUUGCAAUUCCCAACUCCUGCAGCGCUUCCAAUCGCGGGAUGUGGAUGAAAUCCGCGUUCACACUCCGUACGAGAUCAGCGUCCGGCAGAGAUUCAUCGGGAAACCCGACAUUUCCUGCCGCCUCCUGGCGGCGCGCAUGCCGGAGGCCAUUCCCAUCCUGGAGAUGCAGUUCAGCAGGAAAAUCCAGUUCUUGGAGGAUGCGCUGGGAUUUGCCGGAGCCGGGAAAUCUCCCCAGGGGGAUUUCUGGCCGGCAGGUGGGUGCUGGCGGGGAAUUCCCGGCUCCAAAGGUUUCCGGGUGUUUGCCAAGGAAUUUUGCAGGGAAUUCCUGGUGAGGAUCAAUCCAGGGAAUGAGCUCCGGGUGGCUUCAGAGCCUUUGGUGCUGCCGGUUUUCCUGGAGUUAAUUCCUAGCUGGAAGGGAAUAUCUGAUAUCCAGUAUCCUGGAUCUCAUAUCCAGUGUCCAAUAUUUCAUCCCAUAUCCGAUAUGUAAUAAUCAGUACCCCAUAUUUAAUAUCCCAUGUACCAUAUUCAGUAUUUAAUAUCCCAUAUUUAAUAUUCCACA